AUGUACUAUUCACUUACUCCUCCUAUGCCAGGAGAGUACUGUAUUGGUGUUUUCAGACGCUUCAACGGUCUGAAGUGGUACACCAAGGAUAUACUCACUCUUCUCGAUGAUGACAUCUCUCAGUUUUCAUCGCUCCCUGAUUUCACCUAUAGAAGAAAUCUUGUCAGAGCGGGUAUUUCAGAGAUGUGUGAAGAUCCCACACAAAGUUUCAGUCUAAAUGAGGAGCUACCAAUAGAAUGCUUGCAGUUGUACACGGAGUGGUCGCUAAAUGGUUCAGAAGCCAAUGGAAUCGCUGAAACCAAUCAGUCGGCCGAUGCGCUUACGACUGGUGAAGCGCUCUACAUCAAUGAUAUGAAGGUGAAAGAUGUUGUUUAUGGUGGUGUGGUCCUUUCAACGGUAGCUCAUGGGAAAAUUCUCAAGAUUGACACCAGCGAUGCACUGCGCAUGAACGGAGUUUUAGGAUACUACGACAUCAACGUAAGGACAUUACUCUUCGGUUGUUAG